UGUUUGAAUGUUUGUUUGGUGUUUGAUGUGUUGAAAUGUUUGAUGUUGUUUGUUUGACAAUGUUUGUUGAUGUGUUUGACAAUGUUUUACAAUGAUGAUGUUUCGAUGUUGAUAAUGAACGUUUGAUGUUUUUAAACAAUGUUUGAAUAUUUGUUUGAUGUUUGUUGUGUUGACAAUGUUGAUGUUGUUUGUUUGAUAAUUGAUAAAUAACAAUGUUUGUUUGUUAAUGACAUUGUUUGUUGAUGUUGUUUGACAAUGUUGAUGUUUCAAUGUUGAUAAUUAAUGUUUGAUAAGUUUGAUGUUUUUAUUUGAUGUUUUUGACUAUAUACAAUGUUUCCGCCAAACCACCUUCGCGUCGAGACAUCGUCACCCUUAAAAGAAAGUCUCUCUCCUUUUACUAUGCACUUUCUCGCUCAUUUCUACUUAAAACUAAGGGAGUACUUUAAGUUAAAUAAACAGGGCUUUAAAAUUGCAAAAGCCCCGAAAAUGUGAAGGUAAUCGAAAACAAAUAAAAAAAUAAUUUUUUUUCUUGGCCUCGCUCCAAUCGAUUUUUGGUCAAUAAAAAUAUUUGUCAUUUUUUCCAUUUAUUUUGCCUCAUUUUGCAUUUUAUCUCGGUUUUUUUCUUUGCUUUUUCUUUCUUGUAUUUUUUGAAUCAUUCCCUCUU